CGCCGGCUGGGAGCGAGCGGGGCGCAACCGCCGGCCCCGCUUGGGGGAGGACCGCCGCGCCGGGCCGGGCCGGGCCGGGCCGGGCAGGGAGACGCGAGCAGCUGCCGUCGGCCGCCCGCGCCGCGGGACCAUGCGGGAAAGGCCCGUCCCGCCCCCCCGAGCCUGGGCCGGCAGCGGAUGGUGAGCGGCCGGCCGGGCGCGGCCCAUGGAGCCUCGGACAGGAGGACGCGGGACUGCUCGGGGCCCGGGCUUGCGUCUGUCCUGCCCCGCGUGAGGCACGAGCCGCUGAGCCCGGGGGCGCGGCCUGGCGCGGAGGCGAGACGCCAGGCCCCGAGGAGCCGCCGCGCCGCAGGAAGUUGAGGGAUCCCGAUCUCGAUCCCGAGUGCGCUUUGGAGAGACAACACCUCCUAGCCCCCCCCCAGCGUUUCGGGAGGAGCUGACAACAUGGCUUCCCCGCCGCACCAGCAGCUGCUGCAUCACCACAGCACCGAGGUGAGCUGCGACUCCAGCGGAGACAGCAACAGCGUGACGGUCAGAAUCAACCCGAAGCAGCACCAGGGCUGCAUCUCUGCCAAGCACUGCAAGUACAGCAUCUCCUCCAGCUGCAGCAGCUCCGGGGAGUCGGCAGGCCCCCGCCGGGCAGCUGGAGGUGGGGCAAGCCGUGGCUCUGGCCUCCGCAGGCAGAAGAAGGUGCCUCAGCUCUUUGAGAGGGCCUCGUCCAAGUGGUGGAACCCCAAGUUCGACUCCAACAACCUGGAGGAGGCUUGUAUGGAGAGGUGCUUCCCCCAGACACAGCGCCGGUUUCGCUAUGCCCUCUUCUACAUUGGGGUGGCCUGCCUGGUCUGGGGUAUCUACUUCAGCAUCCACAUGCAAGAGAAAUUAAUGGUCUUCACAGUGCCAGCUCUGGGUUUCCUUUUGGUCUGCAUAGCAUUUUUUAUGUUCACCUUCACUCAGACUUAUGCCCGCCAUUAUGUUUGGACCUCACUGAUCCUCACUCUCUUGGUUUUUACUUUGACUCUGGCUCCUCAGUUUCAAGCGCUGACAACUCUCUCAGGGAGAGAUGAGGUGUCCAAUCAUACUUCUCUAGUAAGAGCGGCAGAUGCUUCUCUUUCUCAAGUAGGCAGUUUUUCUAUGUGUAUUGAAGUGCUCUUGUUGCUCUACACAGUGAUGCACUUACCUUUGUAUUUAAGCUUGUUCCUUGGGUUGUUGUACUCAGUUCUUUUUGAAACCUUUGGUUAUCACUUCCGUGUUGAAUAUAAUUUUACGCCCAUUGAAGCCAAUGCAGCUUAUUGGGAGCAGUUGAUGAGUAAAACCUUGCUUCACAUUUGCAUCCAUGCUAUUGGCAUUCAUUUAUUUAUCAUGUCUGAAGUCAGAUCAAGGAGCACAUUCCUGAAAGUGGGGCAGUCAAUCAUGCAUGGAAAAGACUUGGAAGUAGAGAAAGCCCUGAAAGAGAGGAUGAUUCAUUCUGUAAUGCCAAGGAUAAUAGCUGAUGACUUAAUGAAACAGGGGGAUGACGAAAGUGAGAACUCCGUUAAACGUCAUUCCACCUCAAGUCCCAAAAGCAGAAAGAAAAAACCUUCCAUACAGAAAACUCCCAUUAUUUUCCGUCCUUUUAAAAUGCAGCAGAUAGAGCAAGUGAGUAUUUUGUUUGCAGAUAUUGUUGGCUUCACUAAAAUGAGUGCAAACAAAUCUGCCCAUGCUCUGGUGGGGCUUUUGAACGACCUGUUUGGCCGCUUUGACCGUUUGUGUGAGGAUACAAAAUGUGAGAAGAUAAGUACUUUGGGAGACUGUUACUACUGUGUAGCUGGGUGUCCAGAGCCCCGAGCAGAUCAUGCCUAUUGCUGCAUUGAGAUGGGUUUGGGUAUGAUUAAAGCCAUUGAACAGUUUUGCCAAGAGAAAAAAGAAAUGGUGAACAUGAGAGUUGGUGUUCACACUGGGACAGUUCUGUGUGGUAUUUUGGGGAUGAGGAGGUUUAAGUUUGAUGUGUGGUCCAAUGAUGUCAACUUGGCCAACUUAAUGGAGCAGCUGGGGGUUGCUGGAAAAGUCCAUAUUUCAGAAGCUACUGCAAAAUAUUUGGAUGACCGUUAUGAGAUGGAGGAUGGAAAGGUGAUUGAACGAGUUGGCCAGAGUGUGGUAGCCGACCAGUUGAAAGGGUUGAAGACUUACUUGAUAUCUGGUCAGAAAGUCAAGGAGCCCCAUUGCAGUUGUGCACAAGCAUUGCUUUCUGGCCUGGAGUCAGGGGAUGGUACCAAGGUACAGGCAGCGCCAUCAGUUGAGAACACUGGUGACAUGACAAAGACUCUCAGGCACUCAGAAAAUCUGAAGACUUGCCCUUCAUGUAGUGUUACAAUUGCCACCAACUGUGAUGUCAGUAUAGAGGAAGGAGCUAUCCAAAAUGGCUGUCAGGAUGAACAUAAAAACAGUACUAAGUUGGAGUACUGCAUCCAGCACUGGGUGCCGCACUUCAAAAGGGAUGUGGCCAUCCUGGAGAGGGUUCAGAGGAGGGCCACCCGCUUGGUGAGAGGGCAGCAGGACAGGCCUUAUGAGCAGGCUCCUGGUGGACACAGUCCAAAGACCCAGAAUGGACUUUUGAGUCCUCCACAGGAAGAAAAGCUCAGCAAUAGCCAGACAUCACUUUAUGAAAUGUUGCAAGAGAAAGGAAGAUGGGUAGGAGUGAGCUUGGAUCAGACAGCACUUCUUCCACUGAGGUUUAAAAACAUCAGAGAGAAGACAGAUGCACAUUUUGUGGAUGUGAUUAAAGAAGACAGCCUGAUGAAAGACUAUUUCUUCAAACCACCUAUUAACCAGCUGAGCCUGAACUUUCUGGAUCGGGAUUUGGAGAUGACCUACAGGACCAGCUAUCAGGAAGAGGUUAUAAGGAAUGCACCUGUGAAGACAUUUGCCAGUGCUACCUUCAGUUCACUCCUGGAUGUGUUCCUCUCCACAACAGUCUUCCUUAUACUCUCUAUCACUUGCUUCCUGAAACAUGGGAUGGCCAGUUCCCCUCUCCCACCUGCAGCAGUUGUUGUAUUCAUCAUUGCCCUCCUGUUGGAAGUGCUGUCCCUUAUCGUCUCAAUUAGAAUGGCAUUCUUUCUGGAGGAGGUGAUGACUUGCACUAAGCGUCUCCUGGAGGUGAUUGCGGGCUGGCUGCCUCGACAUUUCAUUGGUGCAAUUCUGGUGUCCCUCCCUGCUCUUGCUGUCUUUUCCCAUGUCACCUAUGAGUUUGAAACAAACAUCCAUUAUACCAUGUUUAUGUGUUGUGCCAUUCUGAUCACCAUUGUUCAGUACUGUAACUUCUGCCAGCUUAGCUCCUGGAUGAGAUCUUCAUUGGCCACUGUUGUAGGAGCAGUGCUUCUCAUCGUGCUCUACAUCUCUUUAUGUCCAGCGAGCUCCACAGAAACUUCCCACCUAGAUUCAGCACAGAAUAUAAGCUCCAGGAAGAAUGCAUGCAAUAGUUCAGAGCCAAAUGAUACAAAGAAGCCAGCAGACCUGAUUGGUCAGGAAGUAAUACUGGUUUUCUUUCUUUUGCUCCUUAUGGUUUGGUUUCUGAAUCGGGAGUUUGAAGUCAGUUACCGCCUCCUCUACCAUGGGGAUGUAGAAGCUGAUCUUCAUCGUACCAAAAUACAGAGCAUGAGGGAUCAGGCUGACUGGUUGUUAAGGAAUAUUAUUCCAUAUCAUGUGGCAGAGCAGUUGAAGGUCUCUCAGAGUUACUCCAAAAACCACGACAGUGGUGGAGUAAUUUUUGCUAGUAUUGUGAACUUCAGUGAGUUCUAUGAGGAGAACUAUGAGGGAGGCAAGGAGUGCUACCGAGUCCUGAAUGAACUGAUCGGGGACUUUGAUGAACUGCUGAGCAAACCACAUUACAGCAGCAUUGAGAAAAUCAAAACAAUUGGGGCAACAUACAUGGCAGCUUCAGGACUAAACACCUCUCAGUCUCAGGAUAACAAUCAUCCACACGGACAUUUGCAAACCCUUUUUGAAUUUGCCAAAGAAAUGAUGAGAGUGGUAGAUGACUUCAACAACAACAUGCUCUGGUUUAAUUUUAAACUUCGUAUUGGCUUUAACCAUGGCCCCCUCACUGCUGGGGUCAUUGGCACUACCAAGUUGUUAUAUGACAUUUGGGGUGAUACCGUUAACAUUGCUAGCAGGAUGGACACUACUGGAGUGGAGUGCCGGAUACAGGUGAGUGAAGAGAGCUACCGUGUCCUAAACAAGAUGGGGUAUAACUUUGAUUAUAGGGGGACAGUCAAUGUGAAGGGGAAGGGUCAAAUGAAGACAUACCUGUACCCAAAAUGCAUGGACAAUGGGAUUGUGCCGCAUCACCAGUUGUCUAUAUCUCCAGACAUUCGAGUUCAAGUGGAUGGCAGCAUCGGGCGGUCUCCAACGGAUGAGAUUGCUAAUCUGGUGCCUUCUGUACAGAAUUCUGACAAGAUAUCUCAUAGCUCAGAUAACAGCUCAGAACCCAAGGACAUGCUUCCUUCCUCCAAAAGGCUCCAAAAAGAUUCAGUGAAAGCAGAAGACAGGUGCAGGUUUGGAAAAGCUGUAGAGAAAAAUAACUGUGAGGAGGCAGGAACCGAGGAGGCAAAUGAACUGACAAAGUUAAAUAUCUCUAAGAGUGUAUGAUGCAGUGGCAGAGAGCUGCAUGAUGUGCUCUGUCCAUAGAAACACAAAGACAUUUGCAGUUGGCUGUUUUCUUUUUUUGAAGAAAGACAUUCUCAAUGCCUGGGUUGUACAUUUGUUUUCCUUUCUGUACCUGAUGCUGUGUAGAUCACAGUUCUUCAGAGCUCAUUUUCAUCCAUCUUUCCUCCAUGCCCCUUAACCCUCACCCCAAACUCCCCAGCUCCCUGUGUAAACAUCUUUUAGCUGAGAGGAGGAUAUUAAGUGCCUUCAGAUAUACUCCAUUGAACUCCCUAUCAAGGUACAGAAGCCCCAAAUAAAAUUAUAGCUUUGGGUAUCUCUAAUUUUAAAAGAAAAGUUGUGGUUAAGAUAACAUUUUUAUUAUUGUUUCCUGCAAAACACUUUUUUUGGAUAAUGCAACUCCUUGGGUUUUUUAUAUCUGUAUGAAUAAUAUUUUACUCUUAUCAGACCUUUUCUGUGUAAAUACACAGACAGAAUGUAUGUGUAUCUACCAUAUGAGACUGAGAUAAAAAGUGCCAGUAAUGUACCACAUGAGGAUGUUUUUCACAGAUUCACAGAAGUUUAGGGCUGGAAGAGGGGGUGACAAAAUUUUGCUUUGUGUUGGGCUGGAGGAAGAGUUGAGUUCCACAGUGGCUCAGUGUUUGGAUACAGCAAGCCAGUCAGCUGCUGUUAACUUCACUCUCCUUUACAAUUGCUUUGAUCAAACGUAGGUGUCAUUGUGUACUUUGGAUAUAUUGCUUUCUUUACAUCCAGCAGGUCAUUGAUAUGUGGGUAUGGAAGAAGGAUUUGGACUUCACCAGCUCUCAGAAUAGGGUUCCAAAAGCAGAAUACUGUUAAAAUUUCUACAAUCCAAGUCUCAGGCAUUUUCAUUUUGCCCCCUACCCCAUUGGAAUUUGUGAGGUUCUAGGUCAAGCUGGUGUCUCCUAAAGCUGGUCUAGUUUGAGAGAGAAAAUAUAAAUGUUCUGGGGUUACAUUGUAUUUAUUUAUUUAUUUAUAAUUCUAUUUUUUUUAUUUUGUUUUUGAGAAGGUUUUAGGAUUGACAGGGGUGGUAAUUAGUGUAAUGAAAAGUAAUUAGAUAUCCAUUAGUGUUUCAUCCUUCAAACUACCAACCACUCUGAGGAUGUUACCUGGGUAAUAUUUGUUUCAAAACUGGUGAGACCAUCAAAGACGCCAGAUGCAGGCUGAUUCUGAUAAAACCCAGCUUGCCUCCUGAACCAAAUUAAUGGUGCUGUACAGUAUUUUUCAGAAUUUGCCCCUAUACUUUGCUUUUGAAGCAGGGAAUAUAAUGCUUCCCAUGUGCCUGCUAAAGCAGGAAUCAGGAUGGAGUCUCUUUGUCAUGAGCUGAGGAGCACAAGAAUAUACUAAUCCUACAACAGACUUUGUGUUGCAGACCCUGGUGUCUGCAGAAAAGGACAUCAGUGGCAAUCUGUGUGAUCAUAGGGUCUGUCUGCACAGAGCAAUUGCAGGAUAGAGGGUUUAGAUUAAUAGACUGUAAGGCUGGGACCUCAGAAGAUCAUUGAGUCUAGCCCCCUGCACCAAGCAGGAAAGAUAACUGAGGGUCAGGUGACCCCAGCAAGGUGACUGUCUAAUCUCCUAUUUGCCUCUUCCAUAGUUUAGGACACUUAUUUCUAUUUUUAUUAACUGAAUGACCCACUUUGGAUAACAUUAAACAUUGUAAAGUUCAAUUUAGACAAAUACUAGCUGCAUCAAAUAAUAUUUAUCCCCAAAUAAAUUCAUUGGCUGUGGGAAAUAUGGUGACAUGGGGAAAUGCAGAGCUGUUCUGCCUGCAUGUUCAUAUUUUUAAAUUACUUUCCGUCUUCAGUCCGAAGAAGUGAUUUAACACAGAAACUAUAAUAUAUUUACACUUACUACUUUUUGUUCCUAUUGUGACUCUAGAGUUAAAAUCAUAAAAAGAGCUGCAACUCGCACUUAACUGUUUGAGAUGCUAUCUGCAGUCCACCUUUAGUACCAGCUUCUUAAGUUUUUCUCAUAUUUAAAUGUACAGGGUUUGGGUUUUGGAUACCAUUUUUAUUAAACAUUAUUCUAUAUACUCUUGUUACAAUAACAGCUCUUUUUGUGUGUCAAAAAUCCUUGGUUGCCAUGGUAGCUGUUUAACAUGACUGAAGUGUUAAAACUUCCAGCAAUGAACAACAUCAAAAAACCUAUACUGGGCAUUUAACCUCCACCCUCAUACAGAGAAUACUUUAUGCCUGAUUUUGAUAGUUGCUGCCAAGCAACAAUAUCAUAGUUUUUUGUUGGGUUUUGUUUUUUUGUUUUGUUUUGUUUUGUUUUGUUUUGGGGGGGUCUCAGUGUGAAGGUGCAUAACAUCCUUCAUUGUCAGUAACUAUAAAUUUUGUCUUUUUUUUUCUUCUGUGUACUUCCACCUUUAAGAAGAGUGUAAUGCACUCGGAGACGUACUCCUAGAAUCAUCUUCAGAAUUUUUGUUUCAGUUUCUUAAAUAAUGACUGUUGCUUUUCUUCUAGUAGAGAAGUUGGCAUUCUCCGAAAUUGUUUACAUGCUAGAGUAUUAUGUCUCUUGAAGUUGCUACAUCCCUUUUUCACCCCAUUUUUCUUUCUGAUUUUGAUGGCCCAGGUAGAUCCAGUGAUUAAAUGGUAUUACUCGUAUUACUGGUAUGAAAUAGUAGUUAAUUUUAGCAGUGUUAGCAGCUGAGCCAUCGAGCUGUGACCAUGUCUUAUUUCUAACUUCAAAUACCAUGCAAUUAUUAUACUUCUACCCAUCACAAUCUUGCAUCUACAAGAGAUAUACACACUGAAACUAGAUGCAAGGGAACAGUGUAGUCCAGGGAUUGGAAUAGGACCUGCCACUGACAGAACCUGUUUUUAAUUCUUACAGUAGUUAUUUUUCAGUACAAAGGCUUACAAAAUGAAUAAAGCCAGUAGUUAGUUACUGUGUUUUACCACAUGUGUAUUGUUAGUCUUCUGGUAACAUCAGAGUACUGAAAUGGUUGCAUAACUUAGUAGUAUCAUGGCCACCUUUUCUUGUGUCAUUAUGCAAGUAAAAUAGCUGAGGACAGAAAUAUGUCUGGGCUCUGAAAACGAGAUGUUCUCUGUUCUUGCGCUGGAUUUGUUCCGUGUAGUAAUAAUAUCUGGGUUAAGUGCAGCUAACAUUAUUUGGCUUCAAAAUUCAAUGUGUGUGAAUAGUGUACCUCUGUUAGCUUAUUGUCAUGAGAAUGACAGCACCUUCACUUCCUCAUCUCAGAGAUCUUGAAAUUUUGUAUGCAAUUCAGAAAUAAAGUUAUCCCUGAAAUAGUUUUAAUGGGUGAGAAUUUUUAAGGCUCAAAGGACAGCUAAAGGUCCUUCUGUUGAAGUCAAUGGGAGGUGCAUACCAAACUCUCAUUUGUGCCUUUGAAAAGUUGUGCCAGCCGUUGCAUAAAUAGGGGCUCUGUGGGUGUUCUUAAAAACAGUGUCUCUGUGCCUCAGAGUCAAAAAGACAGUCCGUGUCGCACAUUUGCUUGCAGUAGGUUAGUAUAAAAGAUUUUUACAGAAUACUUUGUCUCUGAUCUGCUCUUUGCACCAUAGUUUUAAAAGAAACACAAACAAUGUAAAAAAUCUUCUUUUGGCCAUGUAACCUUAAAUGUAUAUUACAAAAAAGUUAGUGCCUUGUUUUCUCUUUUCUAUAUUUUAAAAUGAGUUAAGGCAGAUUACUGCAGAAUCACUAAGAAAAAAAAAGGGUUGUUAAAUGUUUUCAAGCCUGGAUGAUGUUCUUCAGCCAUCAGUCUUUUUUGAGUGGUGCUAGAUUUUAGACGGUGGAGGAAGAUGCAACCUUUCCUUAAUCUUCUGGUGAUCUGAUACAGUUGGUCUGUAAGACAAAACUGAUUGGCUCUUUAUUCAGUGCAGCUAGUGCUAAAGAUGCUAGCUGCUAGUCAGCAGCUCCUGGUUUCCCCCUAAUAGUCUUAGUCCAGACCUAACCUUGGAAUUUAAUGGGGCUUUGAGAUGGCAUAGGUUAGAGACAGGUUGAUGGAGUUGUAAGAAAGGGCUAAACAACCACAUCCCUCACUCUCCUUUUGCUUAACACUAAUUUGCCAACACUGACAGAGCUUCGCAGAAAGCAUUACCUCUGAAUCUGGACAUGGUUCACUAUAGAAAAGAGGGAUCUGUGAGGAAAGAGAAAAAGAAAUUUUAGCAAAAAUAAACUACACUUCCAAGUGUGUGAAGACUUAUCACUGGAUUAAGGAAAGUCUUUUAGGGUGCCUGUAAACUUUAGUAUUUUAAAAUCACAUAACUUAAAUUUGUUUCCUUAACUUCCUUUGAUACUGAAUUUUCAAAUGAUUUAUAAUGACAGGACAAAUGUCAAAUAUCAUAUGCUGCUCCCAUGUAAAAUACAGAAGGUGAAUGAUUGUUCUUAAAUAGUUGAUGUCUUUAUUUUGCUCUGUUGCAAAGCAUGUGCAAAAAGUACCAAUGAGAAAUUAUAAAUAUGCAUGCAUGAAGUUGGUUGUAACCUUAUCACAUUUUUGUCUAGGAUUUUUUGCCUGGUUUCAAGAUUUUCUGUUUUCUUUCCUUUCGGCUGCAAUCUUCUGUAUUAUGCAUGAAAGGAUAUGUGGAGGGGCAUUUCCCACCAGCAUUGAAUUAUAUUUUCUAUUUUAACAGCAGUAUUUUAAUUGCUUUGGUGCCAGAUCAUGUAUUCAUAUAGAACUUUUUUCCUGCAGCCUGUCUUCACUACUGUUUUAGUCUCUAGCUGGACUCUCUUGUUUAAUAGGAAUUAUUUGCCGUGUUCUUUUGUUAAUGCUAAUUUGUCCAGGCACAAUUUUACUUCUGUACUGUUCAUUUCCUAUCCUUUUUAUUCCUUACCUCACUUUGAUCUGCAUUUCUGCAGUUAUAGAACAACAUCACAUCAAAAUUGUUCAGUUGGUUAUUGCAUUCUCUUUAUGAAGAAUAUAUUUGGCCUCACAACAUAAAAACACUAGGGUAUGACAUUAAGUCUGAGCAAAUGCAAUAUGAGAGAGUGUAACAUGAAGUGAAAUUGCUAGCGGCAUGAAAUCUCAUUGAAGCAAAGUUCAGAUGGGCCCAUGUUAACAAAAGCCUUCUCAAGGAACCUGCAAAGACAAACAUACAAUAUGAAACAUCUACAGAAAGUGCAAGCUUUGUGUCACAGUGUUUAAGACUCCCCAUAUUUGAUCACUUCAUUCCCAGUCAAUGAAAUACGUAAUGCUGCUUCAGUUUCCCAUCUGUAGAAGAAAAGGUAAUAAAGCUUCAGAAAAACAUCUCCAUUUUCUACAGCAGAUGUGCUUAAACCAUAGCAUGUGUAAACUCACUGAUGACAUGAUGAUGGUUCUCCCUUUCCAGCAAUUUAAUUUAAUUAAGAACAGCUAAAAAUACAUUAAAUUCUUAUAGCCAUUUUUUGUAGAUACUACAGGGCUGUCUUAUGACUAUGAAUAGAGUGGAGAGGACUUUCAUAUUUACAAGCAGGAAAGGAAGAGGGUCCAUAUGGUGAAAAAAUUAAGCAUCACAGUUCUACAGCAUAGUAACAAGGUAAAACAGUUCCGCUCUUCAGUUACAUAUGCAGCCAGGAAGAUGGACAAAACUGGACCUCAGAACAUUUUUGAGACUGAACUAAUAAUAACUUUGACAGUUGAAAUGUGCAGAGUGUUUUUGAAGGAAACUUCAGGGAACAGGCUGUUAUAGUCCAAAAAAAUACUUUUUCAACUCUCUCCAUUGCCUAUAAUGGAAUAUUUUUCUUUUUUUGGUUCUGGGGCAGCAUCCCACUGAGUAAAUCCAAAUGGCAAUGCAGUAUUACUACGAAUAUUCACUAGUCAUGGCUCUGAAGAUUUCAACAUCCCUAUAGUACUAAAAAUCAUAAAUUAUACACUGUAUUUUCAAAAAAUCAUAUCCAUUCACCAAAUAAAUACCUACAGACAUAUUAUAUACCUGUAGUUUUAUUCACCUGGCCCAUCGUCUGAGAUUUCCUCAGUUAAGAAAUGCAGUAUCACGCACAAGGUUCAAAAAUCAGUGGAUUAAUGUAAAAGAAAGAGGAAACCUACUCUGCUUGUAUAAAUAUGGAAGAACCAGAGUAACAGUGUUCUAAGACACUCCCUCUCAUCAUAUAAGCAAGCAUAUCCCAAGAGAAAAGUUAUACAAGCACAUGCACACAUCUUAAGUCAGCAAGCAUAGGCUGAGGAUAAGAUGUGCCACAAGCUGACAAGAGCUAGAAAUCUGUUGACUCUGAUAAGUCAGCCACUUAAAUACAGAGUAUAUUGUUUUGAUGUCUUUUUAAACUUUAUGCCACCCUUGAAAGGAACUGAGGUCCUGCUAAUGUGAUGGUGAACAAUAAUAUGAGUACAUGACAUGACAUACUAAACUCAACAAAAUGCCUGGAAAACAGAGAAGAGAAACAUAAUCAGAUGUCUAGUUGUUUUAAAGACUGAGUUUUAUUCAUAAGCUUUAUUUUCCCUGCUUUUAAAAUUUAAGUCAAAUAUGAAUCUCUUUUAUGCUAAAGCCCCAUAAUACCCUCUCUGUUAGGGUAAUGGGGCCUUAGAGUUAACGUAUGCUAUGGUAAUGUAAUUUAUACCCAUUUUCAAGCCCCUUGGUCCUCCCAAAGUGCUGUGAUGGCUACUUAGUAUCAAUGAGAUCCAGGCCCCCAAAACAUACUUCCUUUGCUUUUACUAAUGUUGUUUAAAGGAGGCCACUGAGCAAGUUUUUGAUAGACUCAAACAGAUUCCAAAAUCCAACAUUUUUUUUUACCAGCCAUUUAAUGUAUUAUGGGAUUGUGGAAAAGGAUGUACAUACAGGUGGUAUCACUUGGGUGCCUUCAGAGGAAAAAGAAUUGAACUCUAGGAGAAAAAAAAGUUUAGGUAUUUAUUUUUAAAGUCUUUGCCAGGAUUAAAUUUCUCAUCGUGUCUGCUGUUAACAGAGAUGGCUGCUAAUUUAUACUUCCAUGCUUAAAUGGUAUGUAUGCAAAUGUUCCUUCUUAGUAGCUAGGGAGAGAUGUCUCCACUUGCAGUUAGGAUGGUAUUUUGAAAAGGGACUGUUAGAGAAAGAUACUUAACCCUUUGUCCCUUUGUUUUACUUGCAGAAUUUUAAACAUUCCUGGUUUGCCUAAUGGUUUGCCUGAUCCAAGCCCACUGAAGUCAAUAAGAAAUUAAUUUUAUUUAUUGACUUUAAUGUGCUUUGCUUCAAACCCAAAAUGAGGAAAAGAAAUAGAGGUAAUGCAUUUUAAAGCAAACUAUGCCACAUGCAAUGCAUUUAAUGCCUUCAACAGCAGCUGCUUUAUUUGAACAGCUUCUAGUCAUAAAUCAAUGCAAGGGAGUGGGUCAUUUGAGUUUACCAGUUACUGAAAGCUGUCCUACAGCUAGUGUCUGUUCUUUGCAACUUAGCCUUGACCCAGCUGUGCAUGAUCUGCUUUGUUCUUUCUUUGUUUUUGUGGUUUGCUCUAAUAGCACUUAUUUUGAUCUUUAGAAAAUAAAGUGUUUGGUGAAUCUUAAAAACUGCACAGAAAGAAAUGACUUUGGAAAGAUUCUUUUAAAUUUUAGUUUUUGGCCAUGUGUUCUAACUGGUUUAUAUUUCAUGGCUACCAUCAGCAACUUGCAUACAGUAGAAGUAUGAACUGAGUCAUGGCCUAAAGAGUUGAUAGGAGUUUUUCAGCUCUGGUUUGUGAAUGUUUAAUAUACCUUCUGACCUACCCAUAAUAAUGGAAACCAUAAUUCAAGUAACAUCAAAGCAAUGGGACUUUCUAAAAUUCCCUUCACACUCUAUUGCAGUAUCUUUUCUAAUAAUUUCAAUUAUUUUUAGAUGUUGCACAAAUACUUGUUUACAAUUUGAAAACAAAUUCUAACCCAUGAAUAGUUGGAAGAUGCACUACAAUUAACAUGGAUACAUGAGUGCAUGUGUACACAGUAUGAAAUACUGCCCCUACUGAAACCAACAAAACUUGCCAUUGACUUCAGUAGGGCCAGAAUUUCACCCAUUAUAUGGUCAGUAUUUAUAGAUUUAAUUCCAUCUUUCUGUUUCCUUAUGAAAGUUGCCAAAUCCUAAGGGCUAGAACCAUUUCUACAAUACUUUGGGGGGCCUUUUCUAAACCAUUUCCCAAAGCAAUACCUUCUGCAGCACCCAGCACUGCUUCAGACUUGACAACAGCCCUUCCAAUGCUAACAAUGUUUUUCUAUUAACAGGUACUGGUGUAACAACCCACACUUACUAAAGAAACUUUCACCAAAAUUUAACUUCUCAUAUUACUACCACAGCAGUUUUCCGAGGCCAUGUUAUAUAUAUGCAGCACUGGUGACUCUCAUAACAUGCUUUGGGAGAACAGCUUUACAUUUCAGAAGUAAUAAAUCAAAAGCCAAGAGCCUUAACUAGUCCUAACAGCUGUUUAAAGACGGUGGCAGAUUCAUAAGGAAGGUUGGACAGAAUUUGCCUACAUGAUAAAUGGAGGGCAUCUCCUAUUUCUGGGGUGGUGAUAACCAUAUUCUAGGCUGAUAAACCCCUUGGCCAAAAUUACUGAAUUAACAGGGAGUAGAUAGAAGUUAUUAAUGCCCUCCCUGCAUACUGGCCAUCUGGGCAGGAUAAACACCACACUCCCACAUCCCAUGUGAUCUGUUCUGUAUUGCGUGAUCUGUUCUAAAGCUUUUAAGGCAAACAAGUUGCAUAUAAUUGGAAAAAAUAACUGUAUUCCUCAAGAGCAAAGUGAAGGAGCUAUAGAAAGGGUAGAAGCAGUUGGGUCAAUAGGAUGGGGAAGGAGGGGAAAGUUGAGGUAGCCUGGUUUGCUGUAGGCAUAUGGAUGUGGCACUUGGAGAGGAGUAGCUAAGCAGAAAACAGGGAUUUGUAUGCUAUAGAGUCAUUAUGCAAAUUGGACACAUCUCAGCCAAUAAGAACAAGGAAAUGUAAAUAGAGAAAUUAAUUGUACUGUUGUGGUUCAUUAACUGUGCUGCUUCCCCCAGCCCUGAUUGAGAAAAUUAUCCUUCAGCAUAAUUACUCCCAAUUGAGUUUGUAAUAACGUCUGCCCUUUUCAGGGUUUGGUUUGUUUUUUAAAUUUUUUAUGUGAGCAAUUUUGAGCUAGCAAUUGAAAUUGUGCAUUAUAAACUCAGAUGCAACUAUCCUGUUUCCAGAGCUGAGGGAAGGCUGUGGUUGUUUAGAGGGUGUUUUGUACUUUGGUGUAUACAGUAUUACAUAUAUAUGACACUAACUAAGCAAUUCCUAUGCAGAGGGAGCUAUCCUCACUGGCUGGGGUAUGACGGGACUGAUUAUAAAGAGCCUGAAAUAGAUACUUUUUAAUGUUAGAAAAACAAAAUCUAUGAGAGAGUUCAUUUGGUUUCACAGAUAAUUAUGAUUUUUUGCAAAGAUAUUUCUUUUCAAAUGCCUGCUUAAAGUUCCUACUUGGCAGUGUUGUGUACUUGGAGGUUGAUGUCAAUCCUGUGCUGUUAUAUCCUUUCUUAAAAGCUGAUGUUACUACAGUGUUAGCCAAGGCAUUGUAGCACUGCCUGUCCAGCCCCCAAAGCAUGUGGAAACAGCACAAAAGUAUUAGCUAUUUAUUGAACACUUUCCAGUUAAAACAGGGAACAUUUUUUAAAGUAUCCCAGUUUCCUGCAAGGUGACUUUAAUCAUCAUCAUGCCUUUGCUUUCCCCCCCACCCCUCCCCAGCAAACUAUAAUUACACUGCAUUCUCCUCUCCCCUUUGCAAAAAGAAGAAAUAGCCUGUUUACAAACACUUCUGUUGGGAAGUUUGGAACUUCCACCAAGUUAUUCUUCCUAGGGGAGGUUGCUUCCUUUCAACAGCUUAUUUGUAAAUAUUCUGCCUAUGCUUUGUUGACAAAACAGAAAUGGAAAAAAGUUGUAUCUGUGAAAUAUUAAGCUAUAUAUGUAUAUAGAUUUAACUGCAUAUUAUCUUUGACUCAUUACUACAGAUCUGUAAUCGUAUAUUAAACUGUUUUACUGUAUCACAGAACAUUUCACGCUAUCUUAGAUGUAGAAAAAUUGGGAAAGUAAUUCACAAUACAGUAUGUUAACUUGAAAUUUGUUUGCUUUUUUAUUUUUGCUUCAGCACAACAUUAAAUGGAAUCUGUGCCAUUUGCACAAUGUUUCAAAGAAAAAUGGUUUGAAA